GACGCAUAUACUGUUGUGCAGCUCCUUCCCGUGGUCAGUAGAAGAAUCUGUAGCUGGUGACACAACCUGCACAGGUCGUUGUGCCAGCGAAAAGACUUUUGGUAACACAACCUUUUGAGAAAAUGUGUGACGACAAGCAUGGCAAGUCACCGAAGAGUGAUGAUGAGAACGAGCUGUCGGCCAGUGAUGAGUCUGAACCAGAGGAGGCCCCCAGCAGUGCGCCCUUUGACCCUGAGCUGGAUGCAGAGGAUGAUGAUGAUGAGGUUGAAGACCACAACAAGGCGGUAGUGAAUGUCACUCAAGAUGGUGCUCUGAAAGCCAACCCUUUCAGCCUCAAAGGUGGGAGCUCAGGAUUCUCCAAUCGCAGUCACAGCAUCUUCGACUGCCUGGAUAGCAUGGCCAAGAUGACAUCCUCCACUCUGGGCCAAGAUAAUGUCAUAGAUGGUGUUUUUGCCCGACCUGUAGCCCCACCUCCCAGCCGCAAAACCAGCCACCCCCCUCCGACCAGCCCCACCCCAGCAAAGAAACGUGGGGUGCCCGAUUACAUGGUGAAUCCAGAUCGCUGGACUCGCUACAGUCUGGAAGAUACGGCUGAAACUAGCGACCAGGGCAACAGCCGGGUGGCGCAUCAAUAUCUGGCAAGUCUGCUGCAAAAGAAAGAUGAGCCAGUGAAUAGGGACUCCUGUAAUAUCCAUGAGAAAAUCAUCUUCUCCAAGCCUAAUCGGGUAGGGAAGGAGCAGCCCGCUAAUAAGACGGAGAAGCAGAGUAAGGAAAAGGGCAUGCAUUUGAGCCAUUUGGAUGAAGAGGAGGAAGAGGAGGAGAACAAGAAAGACGUGCAAACUAAACAAAAGAAAGAUGAGUUGGACAUUAAGAAAAAACUGAUUGAGGAGGGAGACGGCGAUGACGUAACACAAGAGGCAAUACAGGCGAAUACAGGUUUUGGUGCAUUUAAGAAAACGCAUCACAAAAUGUACAGGAAGAGCGCAGAGGAGAGUAGCAACAACUAGGCUCAUGUUAAGCAUUAUGAAACUUGAAUAUUGUACAAUGUUGAUGUGUAGAGUCACAAGGCAGCGUAUCAUUUAAAUUAAAGGUACAUUACGUAACUUGUGUGGUUAGGGUCCACAGUCCUGCAUGUCUCCAUUGUUUUGUAAGAAAUGCUGUGCACUAUGGCAUUAAACUUGCCUGUAAUUGAAUAAAUGCUGGAUAGUUGUUUCUGUUUUGCUAAACAUACCUUGAAAAACAUUAAUUCUUUCUGCCACCAGGGACACCUCACCACAGAUCUGACCUGUAACAUGUUUAACCUGGUAGUGUCAUCCGCUUGUCUCUAUGUAGAUUUUUGGUUUAAGUUUAAUGCCAUACUGUGGAACAUUCCAGCCUAAACAUUAACAUCUCCAUAAUGUAAGCAGCUGUACCCUCCACCAGAAAAAGUUACUUCUUAGUGCACCUUUAAAUUGUAUUAUUGCAUAUACAUUUGUCUUCCUUGUAAAUAUGGGCUCAUAUGUGGAAAGUAGAAAUACGUAUGCAUUGCUUAGUUAAGUGUUAGGUAUUGCAUCACUCCCUAAAACAUGUAAAUAGAAUGAAACUGAAUUGUUGGGGUUCUUAAAUCUUUUUGUAAUGCUAGUGCUCCCUGAGUUUUUUUCUUUUUUGUGUGUAUGUGCCUUCUACUUAAAUGAAUGGACUGACAGGCAAACUUAAGAGAUGUACUAAAGCAAUACCACUAUAGAGAUUUAUCUUGUAAGGUUUUUGAACUAUUUUGUGUCUAUCUUCUAUGUUGUCAUUGGCUCCAGGCUGAAAGGUAGCAUCAUAGGUAGCAACAAAAAUAACUUUGCCUGCCAGUCAUAAUAUACAUGAAAGCAACUAGGUAUGUAGGUAGGCAGCCGGCACUUGACUUUGUUAAAAGUUUAUGAUCUGGCAGAGAUCCAAUUGUAUUUUCAGCUUUUGAGAAAGGCAAACCAUUUAUACCCUGCUAUUUCCACACCUUCCAAAUCAUCCCUUGCAAUUGCUAGGCUAAUAGGCUCAUUACUCAGCUGAAACUGCAUGCACUGUUUAACUAUAAAUCUCGAUGUAAAAAUAUGUACAAGUUUUGUUGAUAUAGGGCCUUAUUUUUUAGAUCUUGUAUGUCUAGUAAAACAAUAUUGUCUA